AUAAUGUCUCUGGGUUUAAUAAUUAAUAACCUGAUCUAACCUCACGGAAUCCCAUGGAUGGGCCUUAUUACAAUGUCAUAGUGGUGGAAUUUUAGAAAUUUUACCUGUAUGAAAAGCACUUGCGCUUUUGUCUCCACAGCAGGUGUCAGGAGUGGAUAAAUGAUGUGCACUGCCCUGAGCCCUAAGGUUCGCAGCGGACCUGGCCUGUCUGAUAUGCAUCAGUACAGCCAGUGGCUGGCCAGCAGACAUGAAGCUAAUUUGCUGCCGAUGAAAGAAGACUUGGCCUUGUGGUUGACCAAUCUAUUAGGGAAAGAGAUAACAGCAGAAACCUUCAUGGAGAAGUUGGAUAAUGGUGCCUUGCUCUGUCAGCUUGCAGCAACUGUGCAGGAGAAAUUCAAAGAAAGCAUGGAUGCCAACAAGCCUGCCAAGACUCUGCCCCUGAAGAAGAUUCCAUGCAAAGCCAGUGCACCCUCAGGCUCCUUUUUUGCCCGAGACAACACAGCCAAUUUCUUAUCCUGGUGCCGAGACUUGGGGGUGGACGAAACCUGUCUUUUUGAAUCUGAAGGCCUGGUUCUGCACAAGCAGCCCCGAGAAGUGUGUCUCUGUUUACUAGAGCUUGGCCGGAUUGCAGCCAGGUAUGGUGUGGAGCCUCCUGGUCUGAUAAAGCUGGAAAAAGAAAUUGAACAAGAAGAGACCCUUUCUGCCCCGUCUCCUUCACCUUCUCCUUCAUCCAAGUCUUCAGGAAAGAAGAGCACUGGGAACCUGCUGGACGACGCAGUAAAAAGAAUCUCUGAAGAUCCUCCCUGCAAGUGUCCAACUAAGUUCUGUGUGGAGCGACUCUCUCAGGGUCGAUACCGAGUGGGAGAGAAGAUCCUCUUCAUCAGGGGUCUUCAUGGUUGUGCCUAUGUCUCCACAGCCAAAGCAAAGCAGACACUGAAGAUGCUGCAUAACAAGCACGUGAUGGUCCGUGUGGGAGGAGGCUGGGAGACCUUCACGGGCUAUCUGCUCAAGCAUGACCCCUGCCGCAUGCUGCAGAUCUCUCGUGUGGAUGGCAAGACAUCCCCUGUCCAGAGCAAAUCCCCAACCCUGAAGGACAUGAAUCCAGAUAACUACCUGGUGGUCUCUGCCAGCUACAAGGCUAAGAAGGAGAUUAAAUGAAGCUGGUCUCUGAGAGGGGACUCAUGUGAUGGCCUGCGUCUGUUCUAUAGUGUAGCUAGUGUAGUUCACAUGCUCUGAGAACCUCGCGUCAUCGGGCAGGAAAAGGCUCUAAAGGUAGCACUAUUUAUUUUUAAUGCAUCUGUAGAACUUCACCUAAGGGGAAAAAUUCUAAACUCAGAACAAAAUCAGACAACUUGUAAGCAAAUCAUUAUUUCUCAAUAUGUGAACAUAGUAUUUAGAAUAAACCUUAUUAGGAACUCAGUUCUAGGUACAGCCAUUGGAGGAGAACAUGCCCAGGAGACUGUAUUUAGCAUGUAUGAACAGGUCAACAGGAAGUGCCUGCUGUAUGUUGAGCUAAAGCACCCCAGACUCUUUUAUAAUGGCGGAGUUUUAUAGCUAUUUUUUACAAAUGACAAUGUGAUAACGUGCUACUAAAAUUGUCUGACAGCACUAUACAGUACAGAGUCUUCACAGCCAUACUUAACUGGAAAGGCUGCUUCAGAGAUGUUUACAUUCACUUGGAAGAUUGCCUUAAAGUUCAUCUCUGAUCCCUGACCAAACCAACCUCUGGGGUACUUUCGGAUGUUGCCUGAGCAGCCCUUUAGGAAUAGCAGGUACCUUUUACACACCUUACACAUGUGUGUGCACAUGCACACACACAGUAGCUAUGUUUAGGAUGAUCACUUAGUGAAAUACACAUGCAUGAGCUACAUGUACGUGGCAUACGUUCAUGUUUUGAUGUGCAGAUGGCACAGUCAAAUGUUCAACUUCGUGAUUUUGUUUAUCUCCAGCAUUUUCUUAUUAAAAUAUAUCUUAGUUAGCCCUAUUCUGCUAUGCUGUCUCAUAAAGUAAAUUCACUAUCGUGAAUGAUGUUACCGACUUGUAUACCCAGGACAGGGCUGUUUUAUACCAAUGAACAGCAAGAUAUUGUCCACACUGAUUUAAGAAUUAAAACAAAAAAAAUUUAAAAAAACACACAUUAUCUGUUUCUGUAUCAGUGCUUGAACCUAAAAUAAAAGUUAAUCUUCAAACUACUAA